AAUCUCGUCUCUCCCCCAGAUGUCUCCCUACGAUAACCUGCUGCUGUGCCAGCCCGUGUCCUCCCCGCUGCCACUCAGCGGAGCCAGCUUCCUGACCCUGCUGCAGAACCUGGGCCCCGAGAACGCCGUGACGCUGCUGCUGGCUGUGCUGACCGAGCAGAAGCUGCUGAUCCACUCACUGCGCCCCGAUGUGCUGACCAGCGUGAGCGAGGCGCUCGUCUCCAUGAUCUUCCCGCUGCGCUGGCAGUGCCCCUACAUCCCGCUGUGCCCGCUGACACUGGCGGACGUGCUGUGCGCCCCGGUGCCCUUCAUCGUCGGCAUCCACUCCAGCUACUUCGACCUGCACGACCCGCCCCGCGACGUCAUUUGUGUCGACCUUGACACCAACACCAUCUUCCUGAGCGAGGAGAGGAAGCUGCUGUCGCCCCGCGCGCUGCCCCGCCGGCCCUGCAAGGUGCUGCAGGCUGCGCUGCUCGCCCACUUCCAGCAGCUGGAUGAGAUGUACAACAAGCCGGUGGAGGAGGCGUCGCUGGAGUUCCUGCUCACCGACUACGACCUGGUGUACGGGCGGCGCAAGCAGCUGGAGCUGGAGAUCCAGGCCUCCUUCCUGCGGUUCAUGGCCUGUGUGCUGAAGGGUUACCGCUCCUUCCUGCUGCCCAUCACCCGGGCGCCCUGCGACACCACCCACGACUCCAGCAGCCUCUUCUCCCUGCAGGGUUUCCUCAAGUCCCGGGACCGCGCCUACCACAAGUUCUACGGGCAGCUGCUGCGCACGCAGCUCUUCACGCAGUUCAUCCACGAGUGCUCCUUCGUCAGCGACCGGCACGCCUGCCUGGAGUUCUUUGACACCUGUGUGGACAAGGUGCAGGUGGAUCUGGAGAAGGCUGAGGACACACCCCUGAUGGAGCUGGACGACUCGCACGGCAGCGAGCACACGGUCUUCAUCAUGCCCCCCGAGGAACCCCUGGGCCCCGAUGGCACCGAGCUGCCUGCACUCUACUGCUACGACAGCUUCCCUGUGCUGCGGGCCGAGUUCUUUGAGCGCCCCCAGGACCAGCUGGCGGCUCCACUGUGCCAGCCCAAGAGCAGCGCCCCCAGCAGCCCCGCGCCGCGCAGGACCAAGCAGGAGAUGAAGGUGGCGCAGCGGGUGGCACAGAAGUACUCGUCCGUGCCCGACAUGUGGGCGCGGUGCCUGCUCGGACACUGCUACGGGCUGUGGUUCAUCUACCUGCCCACCUACGUGCGGGCCGCCCCCUCCAAGGUGCGGGCGCUGCAGACGGCCUACGAGGUGCUGAAGCAGAUGGAGAGCAGGAAGGUGGUGCUGCCGGACGAG